CUUUUAGCACGUGGACGCAGCGCUGGUGCUUCGCGUAACCGUAGCACUGACAGUGCGCGCCGACUAGUCUGGCCUCUGGCGCGCGUGUCUAGGGAUACUUUGCUGCCGUCUUUCUCGUGGAAUGUGAACGCCUCGAGCCCGGCAUGGAGUUUCUUGUAAGGUACAACGAGGCCAGCGACUCGAUUCGUACCACAAUUAGCCCAAAUAAUGUGCCUGAGGAGGAGGAGGAGGAGGAAAUGCUCAGGAAUGACCUGAAGUACUACUUCAUGAGUCCCUGUGAGAAAUACCGCGCACGUCGGCAGAUACCCUGGAAACUCGGAGUGCAGAUACUGAAAAUCAUCAUGAUCACCACACAGCUUGUCAUCUUUGGACUCAACAAUCAGAUCGUGGUCUCCUACAAGGAGGAGAACGCCAUGGCCUUCAAGCGCUUGUUUCUGAAAGGUUACGGUGGUGUCGAUGAGGACGAUUACAGCAUUGCCUGGUACACGCAGCAGGAUGUCCACGAUGGUCUGUUUUAUUUGCUAGACCAAUACGGCAAUCUAAGGAACCUCUCCGUUGGGCCAGUGAGUUAUGCUCAAGAGGACAGUGAGUCUUUGCCUAUUGUGAUUUGCAAAGAGCUCUAUAAGAAAGGCAGCAAGCCAUUUGAAGAGUAUUACAACAUUGAAGUGCAAACAGAAACAGUUUGCAUCACAAUGAAUCCAAUAUCUCUUCAAGACGACAAAUGGAAACGUGAUAAUGGAUCUUUUUUUGCUGUUGAUUUUUACAGGUUUAUCAACAUGAAGAUUACAUUCCAACUGAAAGGAGUCAACCUCCAUACAAUCCGAGCCCAUGAGUUACCAGACUGCUACACGUUUUUUGUCACGAUUUAUUUAGACAACCAAGGUCACAGUGGGUUGAUCAAGGUCUACUUUGAAAUGAAUACUGUGAGCAGUGCAUGCAAAAACUGGAAGAUUUCUGGAACUGCUCAAAGGAACACACAUUAUGUAUUGAUCUUUGACAGCUUUGUAAUUUUGAUCUGUCUGACCUCUGCCGUUCUAUGCACUCGAUCAAUGAUACUGGCAAUAAAAUUACUUCAGAGAUUUUCAAGGUUUUUUCGAGUGAAUUAUAAGCGUAAAAUCUGCAAAGCUGACCAGAAAGAAUUCUUGAAUGGCUGGUAUGUCAUGGUCAUCAUCAGUGAUGUUUUGGCCAUAAUAGGAUCUAUCUUGAAAAUGGAAAUACAGUCAAAGAAUUUAACUAGUUAUGCAGUCUGCAGCAUCUUCCUUGGGACAUCAACAUUGCUAGCUUGGGUGGGCGUAAUCAGAUACCUUGGAUAUUUUCAGACUUACAAUGUGCUAAUCCUGACCAUGCAGGCAGCAUUUCCUAAGGUCCUGCGCUUUUGCUGUUGUGCAGGGAUGAUCUAUCUGGGGUACACCUUCUGUGGCUGGAUAGUCCUCGGGCCUUACCAUGAAAAGUUUGAAGGCCUGAGCCGAGUGGCGGAGUGCCUGUUCUCCUUGGUGAAUGGGGAUGACAUGUUCCCAACCUUUGCUCAGUUCCAUGAGAAAAGCAUUCUGGUCUGGCUGUUCAGCAGGGUCUACCUGUACUCCUUCAUCUCCCUCUUCAUCUACAUGGUGCUCAGCCUCUUCAUUGCCCUCAUCACUGAUUCCUACGAGACUAUCAAGAAUUAUCAGAAGAAUGGUUUCCCAAUGACAGACCUCCAGAAGUUCCUGAGAGAACAGAGGGACUUCACUUGCUCAGAAGGAAGUAGACAAGUGGAGAGCAACUACUGGGCACUGUGCUGCUGCAGAAGGCUACCAAAUGAUGAUGAUAUCUUGCUCAUUUGCUGAAAUCAGUUACUCAGGAGAACAGGUAAACAGAGUGUGCCACUGGAAGAACUGAAGGCUGAGAGAAAAGAUAACACCAGUGGACAAAACAGCCCACUGGUUUUUCAAGAGAAAGAAAAUCCGAAGAGCUCUGAAGUAUCCUGGCUGGCACUGAUGUUUUGUUUCUCUUCCAAGUUAAAAAAUGCACUUUUUUUUUAGUAGUCUUUAGUUGUUAUAAAGACAUUUCAAUGUUCAGUCACAGUGCAAUAUUUGCCCUUUAUGGACAAAAGAAGGGUUUUUCCUCAGUGUUGGUGUGAAAUUGUCAGCUUUCUGUUGAACAGUUACCAAAGUGUUAUCUUAUUCAAGUUUGUGGUUUGGAAAGGAAUGGUACCAGCAUGUAACCUCUAUUAAAAAAUGAUGCAUAACUGGAAAGUGCUCCCUCCCCCCCUUCCCUAUGACCAACUGUGAGAGCUAAAGCAAGUUCACACUGAAAAAUAUUGGUAAUAUAAUGCUUGUCUGCACAGUGGUUUAUAUGA